AGUACACGCGCUGACGUCAAUAACAACGUACGUGUUUAAUAACAUUAAAAAGAUAAAAAAAUUAUAAAUAAUUAUUUGAAAAUUAAUCUAUCUUGAUUAAUAAAUAAAUUAAGUUGAAAAAAGUUAAUAAAAACUCAUUUCAAAUAAUUAACAAAUAUUGUAUUAAAAAAUUUUUCAAAAAUUAUUUUAGUGAUGUGUAUUUGUUUAGUUAAUUUUAUUGAACAAUGAAAAUAAAUUUAAUAUUAUACAACUGAGAUUGACGAAUAAAUAAAGAUUCAAAAAUGGACGCUGAAUCAUUGUUACUAGUAACAUCACCAACUGUCUCAACAAUAUCAUCAUUUGAUCAAAAUGAAUCACAACAAUAUCCAAAUAACCAAUUGUCAAAUGACAGCUCAUCAGUUACAAUUGACAAUUUGACAUUUGAAAAAAUUAAAAAUAACGAUAUAAUAAUAAAACCAGUAUCAAGAUAUUUUCAACAACCACGAAAACCAGAAUUUCGAAUACGACCACCAUAUCUCAUGAUAUGCAUAAGCAUCAUUGAGAUAAGUGUACACUGCUUAGGUAAUGAGGGGGUUAUACGCAGAUGGCUUGUUUAUGAUCCUCGACAUAGAAUUCAAGGAUGGAGAUUUGCUUCUUACAUGUUACUACAUUCAAACGUAUUCCAUCUGGUUCUCAAUGUUGUUAUUCAGCUUGUUCUUGCAAUACCCCUUGAGGUGGAACAGAGUAGAUUAUCAGUUGGAAUAAUUUAUUUGUGUGGAGGUGUAUGUGGUGCACUUGGUGCUUCUCUACUUCAACCAAGUUUAUAUCUAGUUGGAGCAUCCGCUGGUGUUUAUGCAUUACUCACAAGCCAUCUGGCCCAUUUGUAUCUGUGUCAUGGUGAAUUACGUUAUGCUGGAUGGCGUCUUGUUGCUGUAUUACUUCUUGUUGGUGCUGAUAUAAUACAAUUACCAGUACCAGCAUUAAUUGGUCGUGGUAAAAUUGGAUGGUCAGCACAUAUUGCUGGUGCAUUUGCUGGACCAUUAAUUGGUUUAUCAAUAUUUCCAAAUAAAAGUAAAAAAGAUUCACGUGGACGUAAAUUUGUUAAAUUUGUUAGAUUUUUAAGUGGUGUUAGUAUUAUGCUACUUAUAUUUGGUGGUAUAUUUGGAAAUAUGUAUGUUAUUGUUUUACCACAUUUACAAAAACCAUCCUGACAACGUAUUGAUAUGUUUGUUAAAUUAUGUAAAAAGUCAUUUUUUAUGGUUAAAAUACGUGAGAGUGCUGAUAUUAUUUUUGAAUAAUUUUAUGGUAUAAAAAUAUUUUGUUUGUCUUAUUUUUUUAUGAAAAUAAUUGCUUUGUUUUAAAAAAAAGAAUAUAACAAGUAUUGUUCAUGUAUGUUUGUAUUUUUUUUUUUUUCAUCAAUUUAAAUUAUUAAUAAAUAUAGUUAAAUAAAUAAUCAAACAGCCAAAUAAUUUGUUUUGUAAUGUUAAUUUGAAAAAAUAUAAAGGUUAGACUGAAUUUAAAAAAUUGAUCAAAAUAAUACACUUUUUUUAUAUAUUUGUUGAUUUAAUUAAUAGUUCAAAAAAAAUAAAUAAAUAAAUAAUUGACUUGUUUUAAUUUUGUUUUUCAAAUUUAAUAAAAAAGAAAAAUUUAAUGAAAAGUUUUGAUUUCUACAUCAACCCUUAAACGUUUUUAUAAAAAAAGAAAAAAAGAAAAAAAAAAAUGUCAAGUGGCUGUGAUUAUUUUUAAUUUUAUCAGAAAAUAUUUAAAAAUAGUUACGAACAAUUGAUGCUAAAUAGUAGAUAUUGAAAAAUAUGUAUUAUGCCAAAUAAUAAAAUGAAAAAAAAAAUAUUUGUAAAUAUUAAUAAUUAUAGACCCUGUGUAUCAAUACAACUACUAAUAUGCAAAAAAAAAAA